CACUUUUUGGCGCAUCAAGACCCAACUUCAGCCACGGUACUGUGGUACUCUCAUCAGCUAGACCAGCUUGGUUAACUUGGUCUGCUGACUUCUGCUCUUCCACCCCAGAAGCAGGGGUCUUCGGGCAGCAAUAAUUCAGCAGAAAAGGCGAGCCAUCGGUACUUUGAAGUGGACCAGAGGAUAUGCUAGCUUCAGUAGUGGCAAACAUGUUGGUCCUUGUUAUUCUUCGAGAUGAUAUACCUGUCAUCAGUACUCAGUAGUGACCGGCUUCAACAAACUUCAGUUUCCUGUCCAGCUCACUCCCUAUCAGGUUAGCACCUGCUCUAGAUAGCAGCGUUAUACAUUUCUAUCAGGUACAGUCCUGAAACCUCAUGCAGGUGUUGUGCGCCUAUCAUCCGGGGAGCUACUGCUCACAAUUAUAAUUUGUCUUUGUCGAGGUAAGUCUUUACUACUCCUUAAGACCCUAACGUAGGCGUCCACACUCAUGCUUAAGUCGUGCAAUUAUGAAUUAGUAAGCAUAUUUAAUACUAGAAUAGUUACUCUAGCCCUGUUCAAAAACCUGAGACUUAAAUCACAAUGCAGUGAGUUAUAUUCAACUUAUUGCUCGACCUGCCAUCCUAUCGCUUUGCAAAUUCGUGAGCGACCCGUCGUUGCAAUCCAAAUGUCGCCAUGUUCCUUCCAGGAUAACAUGACGUGCUCCACCUCGUAGACGGACCUGUGCCACUACUCAUCGUCAGCACGCCAUGACAGCCGCAGCAACAAGGUCACCUCCUCUCGGAACGGUGGCCGGUUCCUCGCCUCCCGCCACAGGAAAAUAUCACUCUCAGAUUUCUUCAUCUAUGGGUCGGCGCAAUCCAAGAGUGACACACACCAGCAAUGAAUGGCUCUGGUAUUGACCAAGAUGAGAACAUGGAACAUUGAGACGUAUGUCAACCCAAUGAAUUGGAUAUUGAAGAAUGGCUGGAUAUAGAUGAACCAGCUGAUAUUUAUGUUCUUAGCUGUUUACGUGCAUCUGUUCGAUCUAUGGCUUCUCGGCGCUCUCCCAGGGAAGAAUGUGCGCCUUCAAAGGAAGGUGAACUUAAGAGUAAAAGCAGCUAAUGAGUUAUAGUUUAACAAGGAUGGCUCAGCUAUCAAGAAGCUCCAGACUGGAGUCAAUAAGCUUGUUACUGCUACUUCCUAACUGGUGCAUAGAUAAUUUAACGCCGCUUGUGCGGCAAUCUCCAUCUAUAUGUGACCUGCAAAAGAUAAAUCCUUAAAUAGUAGGUCAAUUGCGAAGCUUUGUUAGUGAUGAUCCGAUGAUCAAGAACCGAAGCACCUUCAAGAUUGGAACUGCAGAGUGGUCGGGUUCUCAGAUGUAAGCUGCACAACAUUAAGCUAUCUCCCCAUCGAUAUUGCACACUUUAACUUGUUACCAUAUUUAGUUCUUUUGUAUGCCUUUAUAGUGGCUUGUUAAUUUACACUGCUGGUUCCUGCAACCUUUUACAAAUUGGUAAAAAUGAAAAUUGAGAGAGGAAAAUUUGUGCUGAAGCUUUAUUCGUCCUUUGGUUAAGUGAUUACUGAAUGAAAACAAAUUUAAAAAUAGUAAUAAGGUUUUUGUUCUAUCAAACACAAUCAAGAUUUGUUAGCUUGCUUGCUGCUGCUUAGAUCAAUAUUGGUUUCUCACAUCAACUAUGCUAAUGUUGAGGUGAUAAUCAGUCUUUCACUAGCAUAAGGAUGUAUAUGCAGACUAAUUUUUGUCUCCGUUGCAUGGCAUUUGUGUUGUUGUAUACUGCUCAAGUACUGCUUAUGAGAUUGCUUGAACUUUAUCCUAGAGCCUCAAGAGUUGUCGUUGGCCAAAGCUACAUCUAUCUUUCUUUCAGUGUUUUGCUGGAACUGAUAACGUUUCGAGUCUGCAGAAGAAUGAAUCAUAGAAAGUUAAUGUGUGCAUCCAUGGUUGUGGUCUUGACACGGCGGAGCGGACCUCGCUCGGGAAGCUGCUGCAGCCGGUAGACUAUUGAUUGGAACUUUUAGGUCAAUCCCUGUUUUGUUCCCAUGCUUGAAAUUGAUGGUCUUCAUUUUGUUGGUUGUGACAAAAGUCAAAACCGGAUGGAGGUGUUUAGUUGUGGAGCAGAUUGCGGGUUUUGAAUUUCUUUUCCAAAUGUCGUCUUCACGCCCACCGCGGAGGGGUGGUGACCGAAGAGAUAGUGGCAAAGGCGUCCCUUGUGGGCUCUGCUCCUAUCUCGCGGAUUGGGCUGACAUGUUACUAAGGAUGUAUGUAAGAUGGGGAGAGAAGCAGCGUUAUAAGACACGAGUAGUUGAGAAAUCACCUGGUGAACAGGCCGGUAUAAAAUCAGCAACUGUUGAACUAGAGGGGAGAUAUGCUUAUGGCUAUCUCUCUGGCGAGAAAGGGACACACAGGAUUGUUCGUCAAUCACCAUUUAAUGCUAAAGGGCUUCGGCAGACAAGCUUUGCUGGUGUUGAGGUUAUGCCUCUUCUACCAGAGGAAUCCAUGGCUGUGGACAUACCUGAAGAGGACCUGGAGAUAAGCUUCACAAGAGCUGGAGGUAAAGGAGGCCAGAACGUGAACAAGGUGGAAACGGUUGUUCGCAUGGUUCAUAUUCCAACUGGAAUUGCAGUUCGCUGCUCAGAGGAGAGGAGCCAGCUGGCCAACAAAAUAAAGGCCCUCAGCCGGCUCAAAGCGAAGCUGCUGGUGAUCGCCCUGGAGCAGCGUGCAUCAGAAAUCAAGCAGAUCCGUGGAGACAUUGUGAAGGCAGAGUGGGGGCAGCAGAUACGCAACUACGUCUUCCACCCCUACAAGCUCGUCAAGGAUGUCAGGACAGGGUGUGAGACGUCGGACAUCACUGGCGUAAUGGAUGGAGAGCUAGAUCCCUUUAUCAGAGCAUACCUUAAGUACAAGCUAACUGCGGCAGCUACCAGCUGAUUUUUGUUGAGGAGCAUAGCGAUGAGUGAUACCUACAUCCAUUGUAUUAUGUUGUAGUAUGAGGUUUUCAUCUCUCUCUUGAUUUAGUAUAAUUUCAUAGCACUAGCAAUCUAGCAUUGUAUUUAUUGAUCUAGGAAUCGAAGUGGAAACAUGGCAAA